AUGUAAAUAGUAUUGUCAGUUACAUCAGAAAUUUCAUCAAGUAAGGAAAUCGAAAUGAAGAAAAAAGUUGAAUGUAAAAACGUGAUGACCAAGAUUCAUUUUAUCGUUGGUUUUCAUUAAGUGAACAACAAAAUUUUUCAACAAAUAAAUUAACAAUAGUUAUUAAAAGUUUAUUAAUAAUUUAAUAAUUGUAUUUAUUGGUUAUUUAUUUAAAUAUUUAUAACCAUAUUGUGAAUUUUUUAUUUUAUUUUUGUUUUAUUUUGAUGGCCUAUAAUGAGUUCAAUGAGAAGUGUCAUCAUAACAUUGCCUAAAGGCAUGCAAAAAUCAACAAUUGUUGGUGCUGAUUUUAAUUUAACAUCAUUAUUAAAUAAUAAUAAUAAUUUUAAACAACAACAAUUACAAAAUAUUGGAGUUAAAAUGGAGCCAGAAUAUGAUGAUAUGGAAUAUACUGAUAAUGAUGACGUUAAACAAGAUGGUUGGAGUAAAGGAAAAAAAAGGAGGCUUGAUCAUUUAACAUGGGAAGAAAAAUUACAACGAAAAAAAUUAAAAAAUCGUGUUGCUGCACAAACAUCACGUGAUCGUAAAAAAGCAAAAUUAGAUGAACUUGAAGACACAGUACGUGCAUUAAAAGAAAGUAAUGAUAUGUUAACUGAAGAAUGUUCAUUAUUAAGAAGUCAAAAUGAUACAUUAAUGGCUGAAACAUUAAAGCUACGUAAAGAAUGUGAAAUAAAUAAAAAUAAAAUUGAUAAUAAUUAUUGUAAAAAAUGUCAUGAUAAUGUCAAUUGUAAUGCUACCUCACUGGGAUCAGCUGUAUCCCCAAUUAACCCUCUGCCGCAGGGUGGAGCAAUACAAAUGGCAUCAUUGAUGACACCAAAUGCAAAAUUAAUAAUCAAGAUAAUGAUACUUUAUUUCCUUUCGACGAAAUCCUUGAACAUUUACAAGGAACAAAUAUCAAUGAACUCGAUGAAUUUGCAGAAGAUCUUUUGCGAGAAGUUACAGCCCAAAUUCAAGCAAAUACUAAUCAAUCUAAUGAACAGACCCCAGUUACAGAAAAUACCAUUGAAAAAUCUGACGAUACAGAAAGAAUGGUGGGGACGUCAUCAAAAAAUGUGGACACCAGUAGAAUCAGUAAAAGCAUAAAUAAUAUAAAUGAUUAUUCAUCAUUAGCUCCAUGUAUUGUACCAAUAUUAUCAGAUGAUAUAUUAGAUCAACAAACAAUACAAUUAAAUAAUAAUGAUACAGAAGGAUCGUUUGAUAUUAACAUUAAAAAAGAAAAUAAAACAGCUAAAAAUAACUUGUGUGAUACAGUUUAUGGUACUUAUGAUGAGGCAACAAAUUGCAUAACAAUAUUAUGUCAAAAUGAUGGUGAUAAUAUUAAUAGCAUUGAAGUAAAUGAAAUAAUACAAGAUGAUGAUUUAUUAAAAAAUAGCCAUCUUAAUAAUGACAGUAUUAAAAAUUCACCAGCAUAUACAUUUACUGAUUCUUUAUCACCAUCAAGUAUAAACUCAGAUGAUUCAGAUUUAAUAAAUUUUACAAAACAAAAUGAUUCAAAUUUAUCUGAUUAUGGAUAUGAAUCACAUGAUUCAUUAAAUAUUGAUAAAUAUACUACAAAUUGUUGUGAUGAACUUGCUGACAUUCCUUAUGAAUUAUUUCCAAGUUUAGUUUGAUAAAUAAGUGUCCAUUUGUCUUUGGAUAAUUAUAAACAUUUAAUUAUCAUUUAUAUGAUCUGGAAUUU